AUGACAUUGAGGUCCAAGGAGAUUAAGUACCAAGGGACGCUGCAGGACUCGGUGUGGGGCACGGAAAAGCCAAGGCUGUUUGCAGACAAGCGUCCUCUGCAUCCCUCGGGGAUGAACGUGCAGGGCCGGGGUAAGAGGCUGCGCUCCGCCCGGGGCCAAUCCGAAGGGCGCCAGUGGCCCCGCCAGCCCCCCGCUCCACACCCCGGGCGGCGCCGGAACCGAGGCCGGGGCAAGGGCUUCUCGGCGGCGCGGGGCCUAGUCGCCCCCCACGAGCCUCCAAGCCUCCCGCUGCGGCAGCGGCUGGACUCCCCGUCCGCCCGGCUAAAGAGCUGCCGCCAGGGCCCUCCCCUGAGGCCGAAGGCCAGCGAGCACGGGACCGCGCCGCGUCACACUCACCUCGAGCGGCAGCCGCCGUUGCCUCAGCAUGGCCCGUGGGGGUCGUCCCUGAACUGCCAGCCUCCUCCGGAGGGCACCGACGAAGCCCCAGGCGCCGCCGCGAAGCCUCCCACUCCUGAAGGGGCUGUGGUUAUCGCUGCUGCUGAGGCCCAGCACCCUCCGAGCCGCAUCGAGCUCCUGGGCCGCCGCAGCCAAGCGGAUCCCGAAGGAGCUCCGCCGAGCCGGGCCGGGCGCGCACGGCUGCGGCGGGACGACCGAGGUGCCGCAGGCGGGGAUCCUCAGCGAAGCCUCCAGCGUCGCCUUGGCCGCUCCGGCCGCCGGCGUCGCUGGGCCACAGCGCCCCCUAGACCCCACGCCAGGCUACGGCGCGAGGACUGCGGCGGCCGCCCAGGCACGAGCCGCAGGGAACGCCAGGGAGCGCGGUGUGGGGAAGGCGGGGGCGGCGCACUCCCAGCGCUGCCCUCGGCCUACCGUCCGCCCUAG